GUGGAGGAGCAGGUGCAGGGUAGUGGAGUGGAGUGGCGAAGCAGCGCUGUGAUGUAAGGGGGUGGGGCGGAGGAGUCAAGCGGGUGAUGGUGGUGUUGACGGAGGCGUCGAAUUUCGCUUCCUUAGGUCUUGUGGUGCAGCUGAGGAGGAUAAUAGUUUGAGGGGAGGAUUAGGGGUUGCUUGUUGUCCAGGUAGUGAGGGAACAGCUUUGCUUUGAGCUGUGAGUUUGGGUUUAGGGUUUGCGUGAGUGAAGGUUGAGUGAAGCAUCACCAUGUGGCAUGAGGCACGGCGGUCGGAGAAGAAGGUCCAUGAGAUCAUGGAUGCGGCGAGAAGGCGUGCCCAGAAGAGGGCUGUCUUCUUGGCCAAGAGACGAGUGGAUCCGCAUCAGACGCUGCGAGUAGUAGGGACGCGGUGCCGUGUGCACCAUGAUGCUACCAUUUAUCAGGCCACGGAGGAUCAGCAAGGGUUAAUUCCGUGGAAUGGGAAGGAGGACAAUCUCAUUGAUCGCUUUGACGGACGGGCGUUGCUGGAUUUCAUACGGGAGUAUAAUUCGUCUGGGAACCACCAUCUGCAGCGAGAGAGAACUGAAGAAGAAGAGGAGCUUGAGGUGAUGGUCAAUUUUCAACGGUAUCGGGAUCUUAUCAAACAGCGACGUCGGGGGCUGUCUGACAAACAGGGACUGGAUUUUGUGGAGCAGGAGCUGGAGGCAAAAACCGUGGCUUCGUUUGCAUCUGAUAAGCAGCGGCCGGUGGCAGCAGCUAAGCCUACUUACGGACAGGUCGGAUUUGCGUACGAGGGAAUGAGCGGGGCAGGGGCAGGAGCUUCGAAGGAGGAAGCGUUGAUUGCCGGGUUAGGGGAGAGCGAUAGUGAUGAAGAAGCUGCGGAGGAGGAGGAAGGGAGCAGUAGUGAAGAUAGCGAGGACGAGUUAAUUGAGUCAAUUGGGCAAGAUUAUGGGGUGCAGAGAUUUAACUCAUUGCUCAGUCUCGAUCGCAAGUUGAAGGAGGAGGAAGGGCGGCAGAAAGAAUUAGUGAAAGGGGACCCAGCAUUGAGGAAGUUGAGCAGAAAGGAACGUCGUAAGGUUUCCCAGCAGGAAAGAGAGCGGGAAAAGGAGGCAGCUAGGCAACUAAAUAAUCGGCCUCUUCAGAUUGAUCCUUACAGGGAAUUGAGGAAAAGUCCUACAUAUGACUCUUAUCACUCUCAUCACAGAGUACACAGAGGAAGGUCCACUUCUCUUUCUCCUCCUGUUUCAAGGUCCAGACUGGACUAUCGUUACCAGGAUCCUGACCCAGAUGACCGGGACCACUAUGGCAGGAAGCGGAAAAGUUCGGGUGGCACCACUUCCACGAUCGAGUACAUUACCGAGUUUGGGAUCGAGGGAACUGCCGGUAAGCCUGAACGAAACAUGGCAAUGCCAGUAUCACCUCCGUCGAUUGAGCUAGAUGCUCCUCGUCAUGUGCUUCCAUCAAGUCGGAUUCUUGAAGCUUUACAUAGUGAUCCAGCAGCUAUUGCUGUAACACCAUCAGCUUCUGGACUAUCAGUUACCGAUUGGGAUGCGCGACAGAAAGAAAGAGAAUCGAGAGGCUCUGGUGUUUCUUCUUCCUCUGCUCUUGCGAAACUGAGCAAAGUCGCAACUCCUGGGUCAGCUUCACAGAAGACUUCUCAUGCAAAUGAAAAGUCUCAAGAAACUCCACAAGAGCGUUUGAAGCGAAUUAUGAACAAGCAGCUGAGUAAGCAAAUAAAGAAGGAUAUAGUAUCGGAAGCAGGGAAGAAGAGGGAACAGGAAAGGGAAAGACAAGAGAAGCUUGCUGAGACUCGCCGCAUAGCCCAACGUAGUAGACGUGGUCGCAGCAGAAGUCGAAGUCGCAGUCUGUCCCCAGUGAGAUAUCGCUACAGAAGCAGGAGCAGAAGUCGAAGCCCUAUUCGGUCCUAUCCAAGGUCAUCCAGUGAAAGAAGCCGCAGCCGAGUGAGGAGUUGAGUGCUAUCAGCAUGCACCUGCUCCGCAUGAAAUUGUCGGCUGAAAGGCCUAUUGAGUAAUUUCUUAAAUGGACCUCUGCGCACACAUAAUUUUGCUCGGGGUUGAAAGCCCUGGUCCUCUACGAUCAUGGCUGAACUCUUGCCUACUCGACCUUUGUUGACCAUUGUAUUCUUAUCAGUUGUCGUCUGCAGAAGCACGUCACUCUCGACGUCAACGUAUUGCAGUUGACAAGAGUCUUUUACUUGAUUUAAUUUAAGUAUCAGUCUGAAAUUAUUUACGUUGGUUGCGUAAUUUAGUUCUGAAGAAUAUAUGGUGUGACUCCGCAAAUUGCGAAGACUGUUAUAUUUGAUUUCAUUAUAUAUUUGACAGCCUACUUGGGUUGUCAGAGCUGUUGACGAUACCGUGUUCUGGAGCGAAAAAUCUUUUCUUUAAUUCAAAAAUAAUUGUCUUGUCUUU